AUGAUUAAUCAAAAUGGCAGCAAAUUGUACAGGUGGUUUGUUCUUCAUAAGCCGAAGGGACUCCUAUGUACAUCCAAUGACGAGAAGGAUAGGGCUUCCAUAUAUUCCCUCUUCCCACAGGACAUAAUGGAUAAUUAUCGACUAGUUUCCGUAGGCCGACUCGACCGAAACACCUCCGGCGUGCUCCUCCUCACAAACGAAUACGCUUGGGUCAACAAACUGACGCACCCAAAGUACCAACGAAUAAGGACAUACAGAGUGCACAUCGAAGGACCGGUACAAAUGAAAGUCCUCAAAGAGCUAGCCGCAGGUAUAUACCUACCAAACGAUGAUAGAGGAAAAAAAAAGCAAAAAAUAAUGCAGAAAAUAAUGCAAAAAACAAUGCAAAAAACAAUGCAAAAAACAAUGCAAACAAAAAAAACACAGCCAGCAUUUAUUGAAAUAUUAAGGCAAGAAACCGUAAAAAUAAAAGAUCAAGUCAAAAAGGUAAGCGUAUUAAAUAUUAGCGUACGAGAGGGACGAAAUAGACAAAUUAGAAAAAUGUUUGAGCAAAUAAACCAGCCGGUGAUUAAGAUAAAACGAACUGCCUUCGAAAAUAUAACUCUCAAGGAUGUUUUUUUCCCCAAGCAGUAUCGCGAACUGACCCAUCAGGAGGUCUCCGAUUUGAAGACACGCCGCUUCUAA